AUGUCAUUCAGAAAAGUUGAAUUGGUUACUAAUGAUAGUGAUGAUGACAUCGAUAUGGAUAUAUCUUCAAUGAGUGUGGAUAUAAAAGAUUGGUUAAAAGGAGAGUUAACUUAUACUCUACAUAAACAAGUACACAGAAAAUUUAUACGAAAUCCAAUUGUUGUGACAUAUAUUGAUGAACAAUGGGAAGCAGAUUUAGCUGAUAUGAGAGAAUUUGCUAAUAAAAAUGAUAAAUAUAAUUAUAUUUUAACAGUAAUUGACUGCUUUUCUAAAUUUGCAUUUACUGUUCCAUUGAAAGUAAAAACUGGUAAAAGCAUUACAAAUGCUUUUAAAACAUUAUUUAAAAACAGAAAACCAUUAUCUUUACGUACAGAUAAAGUUGAACGCUUUAAUCGUACAUUAAAGUCACGUAUGUUUAAAUACUUUACUGCUAAUGGUUCGCGAAGAUAUGUAGAUGUACUACAAAAACUUGUUAAAGCAUACAAUACAUCAUAUCACAGAUCUAUAGAUGUCGCUACAGGAGAUAAAGUACGUAAAGUGUACGAAAUGUCUAAAUUUGAUAAAGGUUAUUACCCUAACUGGACUGAUCAAGUCUUUACUGUAGUAAAGACUAUAAAAGGUGAUAAUCAAUAUGUGUUUAGACUAAGUGAUGGACAAGGAAAUAUUAUUGAACAGCGAUUUUAUCCACAAGAGAUCCAAAAGAUCAAAGAAAAUCUAUACCGUAUUGAAAGAGUUAUUAGAAGUCGUGUUAGACGUGGUCGUAGACAGUAUUUUGUUAAGUGGUUGAACUAUCCGGAAGAAUACAACAGUUGGAUUGAUAGCAUUCAAGAUGUCUAUACUAAAUAA